GCAAAUGGAUGGAAAUUGAAGUUGGAUUUUACGAAACUGGCUCAAAUAAUUCAGUAUGUAGGCCCUUGAAUGGUGUUGGAACAAUUUUCGGUUUUGCUUAUGUGAUAUUGUGACUGGUUGAGUUUUAUUUGCGCAACAGUAACUCACUACGGGAUUGCCUUAAGACAAUGUAAAGAUAACGUAUAUACACAGAAGCUAUAAGGUCUUUGUUUACAUUUCCUCUCGUGUCUGCAGCUGCUGGUAAAGGAAUAAUUACUCUGAAUCCAUAAAACAAACAAACAAAAAAAGACAUGUGCUUAACGAGCAAAAUGUUUAAAAAAACAAAUACACGAAGUAACACUUGAGUAAAAACAGAUUUGGAUGCCAUAAGUGCUCAUGCAGUCGUGAGGAGCAGGUGGAAGAGCUCGGAAAAUCUGGCACACAUGAUGAGCCUGCCAUUUUGUCCACCAAGCAGUAGAUGAAUGUCAAAAUGCACCAAACUUAAUCUUGUUGCUUUCUUUUCUUAGCAGAAAGAAAAGCCUGUGAGUUCAUCUGUCCAACAAAACACGCCUUGUACUCUGCACUGACCAUUAAAAUGGUGUGACAACUGUCAAAAGUCCUGUGUGAUAAACAUCCUGCAGAGAACGGGAUACAACCUCCACAGAAGAUGGAGGACUCUCCUCACUUGUACAUCUCUGAAUUUGGAGACAAUGAGGAUAUGGAGGAGGGGGAGGAUGAGGACAUUUAUGAAGAAGAAACUAACAUGGAACCUGACGUGAUUAAGUCACUGUACCCAGAGCUUCAUAAACACCCCAAUCAGGAUACCGAGAGAGACUGGAACUCUUUUCCCUGCCAGCACUGUGAGAGACAUUUUACCAGCAAACAAGGCUUGGAACGACACAUGCAUAUCCACUCUUUGGCGAACAGCGAGACACACGCAUACAAAAGCAAUAAGACCGACAUGUCUUUUAGUUCAAAUCUGGGUCAGUCGCAGCAUGAGAAGAUGAAGCCUCUGGAUUCAGAGGGCUCAGUCAUGCAGCUUCAUACUUCAUCGCCCACUAGCUCUAAUACUCUCAUUUUGUCGGCUGGAGACCACACAGCUCAGCCAGACCAACAGGGAGCAUCAGAUGGCCAUCAUGGUUGCAAGUACUGUGAAAAGAUAUUCACUACACAUACCAACAAGCGUCGGCAUGAGCGCAGGAUCCACGAGCAGCACCUGCAACUCACACAUGUAGAAAAUUCCCAGAUGCCCCAGGAGGAAAAUCCUCAGAGGAUACCCAGUGAAAUAUCUCAACACAAAACAGAGGUUGGUGACAGUACAGCACCUGCAGCUCUUCCGGAGAAUGAGGGGCAACACGCAGAACAAUUCAUGUUAGAUGUCUCUAGCAAUAUUUCAGAGAAUCUCAGCUUUUACAUCGAUGGAAAGAUAGUGUCAACAAGUACAGUCAGCAGCUGUGAAGCAGCCGAGGUUCAUUCAGGGUCUUCGACUUUAAUUAGACUGGAUUCCUUGAUUCUAGACCCCACCCAGAUCAGCCAGGUUUUAAAUACAGACUCAGUUACAGGCAAAGAGAUUCCUGGACAACCUUUAGCCAAGAGAAGAACUGCGACACCACCUCUUUUGCCACAAAUUAAAACUGAACUGGAGUCUGAGGUGGUUGUGUCUUCAUCCUCAUCGUCACUUGCAUCUUCUUUAAUGGAGAAUCUACUUCCUCAGAAUACAGAGUCUACCAUUGUGCAGAAGGAAAGAACAGUGUUUCUGUCACCGAAGCUUAAGCAGCUCCUGGAGAAGCAGGAUGGCCUUAAACCUACACUUGCCCUCAUCGCAGAUGGUCAGAAGCCUUGUUCACCCGUCUCUCUCUCUGUCCUGCCUGCUGGAACAGGGAGGUUUAAAAGAAGGACUGGAUCUCCACCAAGCUCCCCGCAGCAAAACCCAACAUCUAAUGAGGAAACACAAACACUAGAUACAGCAGAUUGUGAUGAUGUGAACACAGGACAGAUGGAGACUCAGCAUAACUCCUCGCCUGUGCACCAAACAGCCAAUGAGAAGGAUGACACAACUCCAUCUGGAGAGGAUGCAGCAGUAAAACCUAUCAUGACAGAGAGCUGGCCCCCCAUGACCGGCGGUAAUUCCUGUAACCAGCAACCACUGGAUCUCUCGAAUACAGUCAAAAGAAAUGAAGAUGUAGCUUUUGGUAAUGCUGUGCUGGAUCUGAGUUUGCAAAAAAAGAUCCUAGGUGAAUCUGAGCUGACAUUAAACUUAGUUUCACAAGCAGUUUUGAAAGAAGGAAAAUCAAAUACAUGCACGGUGGAGAACGCCUUAAUGAAUAUUGGAGAGCAAAAUCUAAGCCUCAGUAAUCCUGAGACCUCUUUAAUCACCGACUUCACCAUAGUUACAGGUCCAGAUAUAAUUACCCCAGUGGAACCUGUUGCAGAAGGACUUGUUUAUGGACUUGCCCUACCCCCCAGUUCUCUGGCUCCAUCAUCGGCAUCCCUUACCCCUGUUGCCUUGCAGCCAGCUUCACCAUGCACUAUAGCAUUUGCUUCCCCAGCCUCACACGCCAUGCUCCCCACUACUCCUUCAUUAAUCACAGUUUUGGCUCCAUCGCCUAUGUCUAACCCUUCAAGCCGGCCAAUCCAGGUAUUGGCCCCAAACAUAUCUCCUGAGCCCUUGGUAAUCUGCACAGAAAAUGCAUUAAAUUCUUCAGAGUGCGAUUUAACUACUGCAUUUGCCACUACAAAUUCUGCAAACCUCGUCACUCUCUCCCAAUCUCUUGACCCGACUCUAAACAUACCUGGCCACGUGUUUCUCACUGAUCAAAUAUCUCUCAACCCACCUAUGAUGGAGUCCACUCCUGUGUCAGAAGUGCCAUUCACACCCACUGUAACUUUAAAUGAUUCUCUCAUCAACUCUUACAACAUUACCAGCAACACAGUGUUGAUAGAGUGCACAAUAGCUCUCGAAGCCCCGGGGAGUGUAGUCCCUGCUGCAAUAACCUUACAAGAAAACACAGCUGAGCCUCCAGCACCUUCACAGAUGGUUGUUAAUCACAUAGAACAGCAGCAGAUUGUAUCGGUGCCCAACCCUCAAACUGUGGACCCCACUGUUUUUGUGUCCUCCAUUGCAGAGUCAGUAACUCUGUCCAGCACCACCUCAGUGAUCUCUGAUUGUCCUGCUGUGGCUGAAUCAAGUCCUGAUCCAGAGCCUGCUGUUGACGCAGAGGCACCAAGCAUAAAAGAGGAGGAAGCUGCUGACAGUACUGAUUCCAUGCCAGAAAUCCCAUCUAAAACCUCACCUUCAUCUGAGAAGGCUGAAGAGGACAAAUCCUCAAACGUCACACCAAGUGAUGCACAACAACAGACUUUCACCAAAAAUUUCAUCUGCAAUGUGUGUGAUAAGCUUUUCCAUUCAAUGAAAGAACUAGGUGACCAUGUAGGCGACCAUGCUGAUGAGUGGCCCUACAAAUGUGAGUUCUGCCUACAGCUCUUUGGCAAACCCUCCGCUUUGCUUGACCAUAGAUCAAGCCUCCACGGUGUCGGCAAGACUUACGUUUGCAGUGCAUGUACAAAAGAAUUUGUCUACCUUUGCAACCUGAAGCAGCAUCAGGAAGAAUUGCAUCCCGGCCAGCAAUGCACAUACACAGAAGAAGAAAAGGGAAAAUUGAGACCUCAGAACUACAACAACUCAACAAAGGUAAAUACAGAGGCUUCGGUGCCCGAUGCUCCAGAGGAACCUGAGAAACUAGUGAAAAAGGAAGAAGGUGAAGUUGAUGUGGCUGCUGAAGAACUGUUUACAACAAUAAAAAUCAUGGCUUCAGAUGGAAGCAAAAUCAAAGGACCUGAUGUUCGUCUUGGCAUUAAUCAACAUUAUCCCAGUUUUAAGCCCCCACCAUUUCCUUACCAUAACAGAUCACCCGCUGGAUCAGUGGCUUCAGCCACAAACUUCACCACCCACAACAUCCCACAAACCUUUAGUACGGCUAUUCGGUGCACUAAGUGUGGGAAAAGCUUUGAUAACAUGCCAGAGCUACACAAGCAUAUCCUGGCUUGUGCGAAUGCCAGUGAUAAAAGGCGAUACACACCCAAAAAGAAUCCCAUCCCACUACGCCAUUUUGCAAAAACUCAAAAUGGAGUUCUGUCUACCACCAAUUCUACUAAUGGACUAAAUGCUUCGAACAGACCUAGCCAGUCAAACAGGUCCAAACCUAACCAAGAAUCACCAGUAAAGGUGAAGUUCAAGGUACUGAAGAAAAGGAAGAAGAAGUUGGUUCAAAGGAUCAUGCCACAGAGGAACAAGUCAAUCCCUUCAAAUAAAAUUUCACCUGCACAAGUAGAUGCGCAGCAGGAGAUCUUUGUCUGCCCACACUGCAGCAGGGAGUUCACAAUGCGUCGCAGCAGAACCAAACACAUGGCAGUCUGCCCCAAGAAACCUAAAGAGGUGAAGAAAAGAAAAGAGGGAGGAAUCUCUGUGACAAAGGAAAAUGAUGGACACCUGCACCGAGGGGUUGAAGAGAAACAACAAGCCUCUCCUCAGCAUAAAACGAGACUGCAGACUUCUGGCCCUGCUAAGAGGCCCGCCAUCCUCCCAGUGCAAACAGUCUUUUCAAACAAAAGAAGUAAAAUAAUUAUAAAAGAGAGCAUGCAGCCAAAACAAGAGGCACCCACUCUGAAUGAACCUACCAUUGUUCGCACGUUCAAUCCCUCCAUGCGUCAGUACAGCAGAGUGCAGCAUAGCGUCAAAGGGAUCCCCAUCAAAAUCACCAUAGUGAAACCACAACAGACUGCAUCACAGAAGGAUGAGCGGCCUCCCACCCAGAGCCGAGAGGAAGCAUCCGGAGCCGUUACCAGCAGCUCCAAGCAGAGUCCUACAGCUUGAAGAGUACCCAGCAGCCCACCGGGGAUCACCAGGACCCUGCUGUGUGGAACAUACUUGUGUCAUACUGAUACUGAAGGGAGACGACUGAAUCACACUGUAAAGCCCAUGAACUCAUAGAUUGCAUCACACUGUACGAUAAACGACUGAACCGAGGAUGGAUAAAACAGACGACUUAAGAUACUGCAGUGAGUGGAUGUGCUUAACUGAGUAUUUUGAAUGCUUUUGUAGUAGCUUGAAGUUUUGUAAAUUUCUCCUCCAUUUGGUAAACUUUCUGUCAACUGCUUGGAUUUGCACUUUGAAGUUAAUCUGACUGCUACAUGUCACAAAUUGGAAAGGAAGUGGGAGGAAUUGAGCAGGGAGGCUGCUCUCAUUUCAUACUUGGUGGGUUAUUUAGAGAGGAUGGCAGGUGGCAAUCAUUUUCAGCAUGCAUUUGCACUUUUCCUUAUCUGUUGUCUGUGGCCUUUUUUGGUUUAAACUCUUACUGCAUGCUGUGAGCUCGUACAACAGCGACAUUCAUUUCGGAUGGAUUAUGUUGAUGCAGUUAGGCCUUAAACACUGAAUCUGAUGUUGCUCUGUUGGUCUGAUUGACAAUAACCAGUGUAAUUACAUGGAAGACACAUUAAGAUAGCUUCUAAACGCAAGAUUACAGAAUCAUAGAAAAGUAACACUCUAUAGUAUAGUAUAAUUUACAAAUUAUUAAGGGUCUCAGCACUGUUGAUCACCUUUAGGGAAUUCAGUGUUUUCAUUAUUGGUGUGAAUGUAACAUUGGUAGAUUUAAUGCUACAGCCUUUUGCGAAUCCAAAUUGUAUAUAACCUGGUUGCCCCGGUUUCUAUGUAUUUGUAUGAAGGUUUUGAGAAUGAUAUUUAUGUGCCAUCAAAUGUAUAUAACUGAAUGUGGCAUAAAGAUAAUGAAGAAUAAACAUAGUUUGGUGUCCCACAUAUGGAAUUUAUUUUGGUGGCCCAUGCAAAUAGAUUGAUUUGUUUGCUUAUUCAAUAGGAGCUGCAGUUUAAAGUUCAGAUUGAAAAGAACAAAUUUAUGUGCUGUCACAUUUGUUUUUUUUUAUUUUCUUACCCCCCUGUGCAGCCUAAUCUCAUAUGUUGGAUUUUUUGGAAGUUAUAGACCACCACAAACAAGUUUUCAACUUUUGGGAGUGCGAGUUUGAAACAGAAGUACUAUGUAAUGUUCUGUAUAACUUGGAUGCAUCAUUGCCACUUUAACAGUAAUAAGAGUUCACUUCUAAACAGCAUUGACAGAGCUAGUUCCAGUGCGUGGCCAUACUGAAGUUCUCCUGAAAUCCUGAAACAUUUACAGUAGUCCAGUUGGCUUGUAGGUUUUAUUUUGCACCUGUUUCACAAAAUGCUUGUUGGAAAUAUGAUUUUGUGUGUUUUUCCCACCAAGAAGUACAGUCUGUUUAGAUCUUUGUCAUCUGUAUCAUACAGGCACUUCGUCAUUGCUGUAUAAGCAGUAGUAUAACAGUUGUCAACAGUUUAUUGUGUGAAGUGUGUAUAAUGAAUUCAAACAUAUAUAAAUCUCAAAACAGAAAUGUAAGUUUAAUUACAGGGUAUUUUUUGCUGGAACCCUGUAAUGACAUAAAAAUGUUUGAUUUAAAUGUUGAUAAGCUACUAGUUUGGUUACCUAGUGCUAUACAGGGUAGUUAUUUUAUGAUGAUUGAAAUGAGUUAUAUUAAUUUGGGCAAAUUAAAACUUGACAGUGUCCUGUAUCAGAGAGAGAGAGAGAGAGAGAGAGAGUAAGUAAGUAAUAGUACCUCUAUUUUACAUUUUUGCCUUCUCAUCCAUCACUGGUAAUAUUUCCCUUCAUUGAGACAGACGGCAAUGUGUUUGAUGUACAGGACCGUUUGGGAGACUGUUAUUUAACUGUGAAAAGUGCGUGUAGCAUUUCAAAGUGUAAAUUGUCAUGUAUAUUUAUAAUAACUUAAAAUCAUGUUAUCAAUCUCUGAACAGUUCCUCUAUAUGAUUUGCACUAAAGGUUUUUCAAGCGAGUAUUCAAAAUAAAUGGAGAAUGUUAAGGUUAUAAUGUGAAGUUUGUGUGAAACUUUCUUUAAUAAACCAAUCAAACUAA